GUCAACUCUCUUGUCAUGGAGUUUCCAAGGAAACGCAAAGGAAGUGACUCAGAGCUGCCCCAGUCAGAAUUCAUGACAGACACAACGGUGGAAAGCCUUCCCCAGAAUCCCUUUACCUCUCUUCUUUCAACAAGAACAGGAGAAGCAACGCCCAGUGGCAUCAGGGAAGCCCACAGCCAGACAGAAAAGCGCCGGAGAGACAAGAUGAACCGUCUGAUUCAGAAACUGUCAUCUAUGAUCCCUCCACACAUCCCCAAGGCCCACAAACUGGACAAACUCAGCGUCUUGAGGAGCGCAGUGCAGUACCUGAGGUCUCUGAGAGGCAUGACAGAGCUUUACUUAGGAGAAAACUCUAAACCUUCAUUUAUUCAGGACAAGGAACUCAGUCACUUAAUCCUCAAGACAGCAGAAGGCUUCCUAUUCGUGGUUGGAUGCGAAAGAGGGAGAAUUCUUUUUGUUUCUAAGUCCGUCUCCAAAAUGCUGCAUUAUGAUCAGGAUAGAUUAAUAGGACAGAAUUUGUUUGACUUCUUACACCCAAAAGAUGUCGCCAAAGUAAAGGAACAGCUUUCUUUUGAAGGUUCACCAAGAGAGAAACCCAUAGACACCAAAACCUCUCCUCAGGUUCACAGUCACCCCCACUCUGGGCGACCACGCAUGCAUUCUGGCUCCAGACGAUCUUUCUUCUUUAGAAUGAAGAGCUGUACAGUCCCCGUCAAAGAAGAGCACCGAUGUUCAUCCUGCUCAAAGAAGAAAGACCAUAGAAAAUUCCACACCGUCCAUUGCACUGGAUACCUGAGAAGCUGGCCUCCGAAUGUUGUUGGCAUGGAGAAAGAGACGGACAGAGGGAAAGACAGCGGUCCUUUUACCUGCCUUGUGGCUAUGGGACGGUUACAUCCAUACGUCGUCCCUCAGCAGAGUGGCAAGAUCAACUUGAGACCGGCUGAGUUCAUAACCCGCUUCGCAGUGAACGGGAAAUUCGUCUAUGUCGACCAAAGGGCAACAGCAAUUUUAGGAUACCUGCCUCAGGAACUUUUGGGAACUUCGUGUUAUGAAUAUUUUCAUCAGGAUGACCACAGUAAUUUGACUGACAAGCACAAAGCAGUUCUGCAGAGUAAGGAGAAAAUACUUACAGACUCGUACAAAUUCAGAGUAAAGGAUGGCUCCUUCGUAACUCUGAAGAGCAAGUGGUUCAGCUUCACGAACCCUUGGACCAAGGAGCUGGAGUACAUUGUGUCUGUCAACACGCUGGUUUUGGGGCGCAGUGAGACCAGGUUAUCCUUGCUUCAGCGUGGCAGCAGCCAGUCCUCAGAAGACUCAUGUAGACAAUCCUGCAUCAGUGUGCCGGGCGUAUCCUCGGGGACCGUCCUUGGUGCUGGCAGUAUUGGAACAGAUAUAGCAAAUGAGGUUCUGCGUUUACAGAGGUUACACUCUUCAUCCCCAGAAGAUGGAAACCCUUCAGAAGUGAGAGAUAAUCACAGUGUAAACUGCGGGAAUGCCCAUGUGCCAGAGUCCACUAGAGAGCUCUUUUCAGUGAGUCCUUCUGAAACAGAAGGCCUGGGGGCUGCCAGGCAACACCAGAGCACUGAAUCUGCCCACUCUCACGGACCACUCCUUGGUGAUGGUGCCCAGCUGGGUUUUGAUGCCCUGUGUGACAACGACAGCACAGCCAUGGCUGCAUUCAUGAAUUACUUCGAAGCAGAGGGGGGCCUGGGCGACCCCGGGGACUUGAGUGACAUCCAGUGGACACUCUAG